CUUAAAUGCACAUUCAACCUUGAGAUCAUCGGGGUGAAGAAGAAUCCUAAUGGUCCAAUGUAUACUUCACUAGGUGUUAUAACCAAGGGUACCAUCAUUGAGGUUAAUGUCAGUGAACUUGGUCUUGUCACUCCUGCUGGGAAAGUUGUAUGGGGUAAAUAUGCUCAGGUGACGAAUAAUCCUGAAAAUGAUGGUUGUAUCAAUGCAGUUCUCCUCGUGUAGUACCUUCUAGUAGAGAAAAUUUUGGUAAUUAUUUUAGAAGGGAACAAUUAUAUUGUCUGGAAAGGAACUUUGCUGUAACUCCAGUAGAAAAAAUUGGAUGUUUUAACCUAUUUUUACCCCUGUGCCUUUGUCAUCAACAUCACCUUGUUUUUUCUCAUUGUUGCAAUCAACUCCCCUCUAUGUAUCCUCUUUAAUUCAUUUGUUUGUUCCCUUACACAUGCAUCAACAUCUAUCCAGCUUGAAAUAUGGGAAAUUAUGUUACUUCAUCAUAA